AUGAAACCAAGCCGGGAGCCUCGAGGAUAUGAUGACGAGGACGAUGCUGUGUUGAUGCCACCACCCCCUCCGCCUGUCCAGCGACGGAAGCCUGCCCCGCAAAUCCACCAGGAGCCCAAACGCCCAGAGCCCCGCAAGAGUGUCACUACUAGUGUAGUACCAUCUGCCAGGCGCCGGCAGUCUCAAGCAGUUGAGCCGGAGUUUGAUGACGUCCUGCCUUCGGAGUAUGCCAACCGUCGUCUGUCAAGAGACAUUCCCCUGGAUCGGAGUCAGAGCAUGCGUGCAAGCAAGCGGUCUACUUCUUAUCACGAAAGCAACCGCGGUGUCGCUCGCGUGGCUGUGAACAACUCACAGUCGCUCCGCCGACGUCCAGAGCAAGUCUACUACCACCCGGAUAGCACGGUCAGCCUGGAGGAAGCCGAGUCGGAGAUUGAGCAGUAUAUCGCCAGACAAUCUGGUCGGGCUUUGGCCAACGAGCUGCCUGCGUCUGAAGAGACCUUGGGUGCGAAGAGAGCUGCCGGGCCAGCCAGCGAUGGUAGCCAGAACAGCCGCUCGAAUAGCAGUCGAGGUAGCGGGGGAGCAUCCAAGCUGGCUAGUGACACGAGCCAGAUGAUUCUCUCCAUGAACGGAAUGACUAUUGGCUUUGACAAGGAUGGUCUCGCAGGCAAAUCCAUCAACAUCCGCACUGGAGAUGAAGGUGCCGCCUCGCUGAACAUCACUAACGGAACUCAAAAGCCACGACCGAAGAAGUACAUCACGGGAGUUGGCUCUUCUUACUCGGAUCAUACGACUGCUGGUAACCGCCGUCUGGAAGACAGGCAGGAUCGGCGCGCACGCGAAGAAAGACGAACAGAACGGGCUCACCGGUCCAGCCGGUCGAGCUACCGUGUCUGA